UGAGACGAAGUGGUGAGAAAGGAUCUUCAGACGUUGGGCCUCACAGAGGGGAUGACUAGGGACCAGGAGAUGCGAUGAUUUGCUAAGACUCAUCUUGAGAAGACACAUCAGAACCAAGAUGCCAUUAUUUGGAAAUAAAUUUUCUCCCAAGAAGAUUCCUAAUCGAAGAAGCCAGUCUUUAAGCAAUCUAAGCUUGGAUUCAUCUCAAGCAAAAGAGGAAUUUGGGAUUGAAUGUGGACCGGCCAGAAUAAACUUGGGGGGAAGCGAAAUGACUUUUGAAGACGGUCAUUGGAUUCCUGCCAGUGGCUUUGGUGCUGCCAGCCAUCAAGAACUGAUGAUUCUACGUAAGAAAAAUGAGCAACUACUCAAUGAAAACAAUUUUCUGAAGAUAAAAUGUGAAACUUUGUUAGACAUGCUGACUGAAACAACUGUGAACUCUCACCUUCAAAUUCAAGAAAUUACCCAACUAAAGAACAUGGUACGAAGUAAAAACAGAUGACAUGGCUGGACCACAUUGUUGUGUGUGGGUGUCCUCACUUGCUGAAUUUCCUAUUUCUAAACCAGGUGUGUUUGUGUGUGUGUCCCUCACUGAAUUUCCUAUUUCUAAACCAGGUGUGUGUGUGUCUGUGUCCCCUCACUGAAUUUCCUAUUUCUAAACCAGUAAUUCUGGGAUUUCAUCGACCCCAGUGCUCAGUUUGUA